AUGGUGACAAGGCGCAGCGAUUUAAUGCGGCCGACAAAUCGUAACCGUUGGGACAGCAUGAGCGACAUCUGGAAGAACUCGUUGCGCUACCAGACGCCCAAUUUCGACAGCUUCGGCGGACUGCGUCGAAUCACGCUGAACGACAACCCCCGCGUCGGCAACUCCGGGUCCAAAAUGCUCUCCGACGUGCUCCAAGACGACAUGUGGAUGAAGGCCGUGGAUAUGCAGAACUGCGGCCUCGGUGACGAGGCUGGACUCGGUUGGUUGGGUAUCCUCAGGUCUCCGGGUGCAAAGGCGGAGGCUGACCUCGUGGAAUCUGGCAACAAGGUCAUAAAUAUUAUUGAUUUGCGAAGGAACCGGAAUUUGGACAGAAAUAUCCUACGAUCUGUCACCGAGCGUGUUCUACUGAAUUCUCAUGGCAAACAAACAGAAUAUAAAUGGCUGCGAGCACUGGCAAGGUCCGUGAAUCCCGGUCGAGUAUCUGAUUGGCCGGGCAUCGAGGGUGUGGAUAGGCUUGAUCUGGACGCUCCGACACCACCCAAACGCACCUCCUCGUUCAAUCGGCACUACAAACCAAAACCCCCGCCAGCGAAGCCCAAGGCCAUCUCAAGGCCACAGUUUCGGCCAGGUGGAGGUGCAUACGACCCCAAAUCCGGCCCCCGAAUGCGUGCACGAAGCCUUCAGCGGAGGCCUUCAAGCCAGUCGCCAAGGCGACAGCUUCAACGAAGCCAACACAGCCACAAACUGCGCGCUACCAGCGUCUCGACUCCCGUGACACCGCGGUUCUCGGCCUUGUCGCGGUCAGUCAGCUCGCGUCGCAGUGCUGGGCCGUCCAGAAACGAAUCCAAUUUCAACAACUCCGAGGCUCAAAUGAUUCCCGGAGUGCCGUGGAGAGCAGCGGCUCGUGCUCACCGUGUCAAAGCUAAUGUGGACAUGCGGUUGGGUAUUCCACGUUCCCUUCUCACCACCUUCUCCGAAUUGGACCUCCGACGCAUCAAAAGUGCGUCAGCGUCAAUUCGAAGCACGGCCAAGAAGACCGACGCGAAGCCACACCGUCGCAUCUCAUCGGUUAGCAACUCCAGCCUAAGCACUGUGGACAAACGCCAAUCGGGUUCCAGUGCCAAAUCCGACCAGACGACGCUUCAGCGCAGUGACGGCCACGACGACAGACUCAGACACCAGCUGAUCAAGCACAUGAAGAAUCUUGACACGGCGGCGAAGGCUGAAAACGGAAAAGCCGCUCUUCAACACCUAUUCGCUCGAAUAGACACGACCCUAACGGCGGUAGAGAAGGCUGUUCAGCGAAUCGGCGACCCGCAACACCAAAAAUUCACUUCCAAAAACGAGGAACACCAACUUCAGCUGAUCCAGUUGGCUCUACGACGAAUGAUCUCACCCCUGAGGCACGGACUCGGUGUUGGCGAGACGGUGAAACCGUCGCAGAGACGCCAAAAUGCUCUUGAUAGUCAGGCGUCUUCGUGGCGUCAAUUGCCCAAGUCCUCGACACUAACUCGAAAUGUCGCCACAUCGAACUCGGUAGAGUCACUAGUGCCAUCCAAAUCACAGAAUGCUUCCCAAGCCCAACCGAGUCCCAUGCCAAGGAAACGAACCUCCUCAAUAAUAACCUGUCCAAUCACGCCUCAGACGGAGGUCGCAGCUAAACACAGAGUGUCCACCCAGCCAAGCAGAAAUGAGUCCUCCUUCGACACAGAUUCAUCCAGCGAUGUCUUCAUCGCCAUUCCAGGCAAGGCCUCCAGAAUCUCUGAAACUAGUUACCUGGCCCCACUUGAUGUCAGUCGAAUUAAUCAGACACAAUCAUUGCCGGACUCGUGUGAAUCAGCAAACCUGUCAACCCAUCAGCCCGCGGUGCACGAAUCGCAGGUGAUUUCCAAGACGCGAAGCGCCCCAUCUGUAUUUUCCAGGAAAACGCCCCCAACAGCGUUGGGCACCAGCAGGCGACGGAAACCGUGCAGUGAUGACGUUCAGGAGUACGUUGACAUAUUCGAGGAUGUUACCCUUUCCAAAGACCACCUUAGUGACAGCCAGACAACCAUCAAAGCUGAUUUUCCCGAAUGCCGACAGUUUGGAGAUACGACAAAUGAUGAAAUCCUUCUCUCCGAUUAUUAG